GGUGAUGAACUCGCUUUUAUUUUCCAUCUACGGAGGAGGCGUUCAAAAGUUUUGUCCUGCCAAGAAUGCCAAGUGCCUUUCUAGUUCAAACGAUGGCACCGAACACGGAUAUCUCGACGAGGGCCCUGAUUGUGGCCCUCAAAUCUCCGACUGGAGGAAAGACUUCAGCGGAAGUUGCUGAGAAAACUGGCCUGUCAACCCGACAGGUCAACCGGAUAUAUGCUCGCGCAAUUGAGCGUGGGUUUGACCCCAACCAUAUGCCACUCACCUUACGAGAUGAGUGGUUACAGGACGCUCCCCGGUCUGGCCGCCCGACAAAACAAACAGCUGAAGCGACAGAGGGAGUUGUCGCAAAGCUUGCAAGGUAUCGACAUCUCUGCCACGACAACAUGGAGGGUUUUAAGGACUGCUGGCUUCCGGAAAACGAAACCGACGAGGAAGCCUGGGUUGACGAAGAAGAUGAGGGCGGAGAGAUUAAAAUGGUGCCUCGACCAUCAGCACUGGACACUCGAGGAUUGGAAAAAUGUAAUAUGGUCAGACGAGACAUCUGUGGUACUAAACCAUAGACGGGGAGGUUAUCGGAUAUGGAGAAAGGCAGACGAGGCAUUUUUACGGAGUUGCAUUAGGGAACGGUGGAAAGGAUACUCAGAAUUUAUGUUUUGGGGAUGUUUUACUUACAACAAGAAAGGGCCAUGUCAUUGUUGGAUCCCAGAGACAAAAAAUAAAAAAGAACGAGACGCUACAGAAGUUGAAAUACAUGGAAUGAAUGAAGAGUUAGAACCAAUUUUACGUGAAGAAUGGGAAUUAUCAAAUGGGAUACGCCGAAUGUCUCUUUGCAAUCUUCCUAGUAUAAAGCCGCUAUGGAGAUGGAAUAAAAAGAAUGGGAAGUUGAGCCGUGAGAAACAAGGAGGGGAGAUAGAUUGGUACCGGUAUCAGAAAAAGAUUCUGAUACCAAAGAUGUUCCCAUUCGCAAGGGAAUGCAUGGUAGACCGUCCGGAUACUAUAUGUACAAGAAGACAACGCUCCAUCACACAAUCAUUACAUUCAGCAGCGAGUAUUUCAAUUACAUGACAUUAAUCGCCUCUUCUGGUGCGCCAACUCUCCAGAUUUAAAUGUCAUCGAGCCCUGUUGGCCAUGGAUGAAAAGGAGGACUACAAGGAAGGGGGCACCAAAAAGUCGACUAGACGCGAUGCGAGCUUGGGAGACCUGUUGGGAAGAUCUCCCUCAGUCGCAAAUCCAAGCCUGGGUCGAGAGGAUUCCUCGACAUAUCCAGAAAGUCAUCGAGCUAGAAGGCGGAAAUGAGUACAAGGAGGGGCGAGAAGAACACUGAUUUCAUAACUAUGUACAUAACUAAAU